UGUGGGUUCAAACGUUCGCGCCCCCACAAGCAGGAGGCCGUGUGGAUGCCAGAAGAUGUCCGCUUCGUCGCGCUAACGAGUAGCCUCUGAAUUGAAUGGCAGCGGCACUCAGCUUGUUUUCGCACUGAAGAAAUGUGAAGCUUUGAUCCACAAGCUCUCGAGCUGGACUUCCUCAAAUAACCACAAAGAUGAAGGCAGCAGACGAGCCUGCCUACCUGACAGUGGGGACAGACGUAAGCGCCAAAUACAGAGGGGCCUUCUGCGAGGCGAAGAUCAAAACGGUGAAGAGACUGGUGAAGGUCAAGGUGACUCUGAAAGGUGAGAGCGCCAGUCAGGUGGUCCAUGAUGACCAGGUCAAAGGGCCACUGAGGGUGGGAUCCACGGUGGAGGUGAAGACCAACGAGGGUUUAUGUAGCGAGGCUGUCAUCGGUAAGCUGACAGAUGCCAGCCUCUACACUGUUGUGUUUGACGAUGGCGACGAGAAGACACUGCGUCGUACGUCUUUGUGUCUGAAGGGCGAACGACACUUUGCAGAGAGCGAGACUUUGGACCAGUUACCGCUCACCAACCCGGAACACUUCGGCACUCCGGUCAUUGGAAAGAAGUCCAAUCGCGGCGGACGGCGAGCCUCACAGGCUCUGGCCGACGAGGAGAAUGAGUCUUCGUCCAGCGAAGAUGACGAGGAGGACCGCAGGAGGCUGAACGAUGAGCUCUUGGGCAAAGUUUGCAGCAUCAAAGCGGACAGCGAGCCUGGCUCCUGGUUCCUGGCUCUGGUCGUGUCUCCCAGCUGCCACGAUGAGCUGGUCGUGAAGAAGGAUCAGUGCCUGGUCAGGUCUUUCAGUGACUGCAAGUUUCACACGGUGGCCAGGAGACACGUGCACCCCCUAAAUUCCAUCAACAUCAACAAGUCUGAGCUUUCCAACACACACGGCUUUGGCGCUGCCCAGAUGUUUGCCAGACGCAGGGAGAUUCCUGACGUUUGGAAAAUGGACAUGAGUCAAAUAUUGGACUCAUCCUCCAGUGACGAUGAUGGUGACCACGAACAGCAAAAAGAGAGUGAAGACGACGAGUUGGACGAAGAGAAGAGGAAGAAGCUCAUCAAGGAAGAGCAGCCAGAGGAGGAGCCAGAUCCAGAGGAGCGGGAUCACUUCCUGCAACAGCUCUACAAGUUCAUGGAGGACAGAGGGACGCCCAUCAACAAGCCUCCGGUUUUGGGUUAUAAGGAUUUGAACCUGUUCAAGCUUUUCCGUCUGGUGUAUCAACAUGGAGGCUGCCGCAAGAUUGAGAGUGGCACGGUAUGGAAGCAGGUCUACAUGGAUUUGGGCAUUCCUGUCCUCAACUCUGCUGCAUCCUACAACGUGAAGACUGCCUACAAGAAGUACCUGUACGGCUUUGAGGAGUAUUGCCGCUCCGCCUGCAUCACCUUCAGGACUGUCCAUCAUAACAACCCCCGCUCCCCCAAAGCGCAGUCCAUUCCCAGGCCGACGAGGCCCGAGGUCGGUGUGGCCACACCGAAGGAAGAACCUCCGGAAGACAAGGACGUGCAGGCGGAGUCAGAGAGUGAAAGUGAUAAGGAGGAGCUGAAGGAGAGACAGACGUCGCCGAGGGGGAGGCGGCGAUGCGGCGGCGUGGCGACCAAGAUGGACAUGCCCGUCAGACCCGACAAGGCAGCUGAGGAAAACAGCGAUGAGCCCAGGGAAGCCAGAAGGCGCAGCAACCGCCACCUAGAUGAGUCUGAGAGGGGCUCAGAUGAGGAUGACGAAGAGGAGGAUGGAGAGGAUGAAGAUGAUGACGACGACGAGGAGGAGUUGGACGAGGAAGAGGAGAAUGAGCUCGAGAGGAGGCGGGCACACAGAAGUGAGGACGACGACGACGACAAUGGCGACUCUGUGACGGGGACGAAGGUGAGGGUGAAGUACGGCCGAGGAAAAACCCAGAAGAUCUACGAGGCUCACAUCAAGAAGACCGACAUGGACAACGGCGAGCACUUCUACUUGGUGCACUACUACGGCUGGAACGUCAGGUAUGACGAAUGGGUGAAGGCCGACCGCAUCAUCUGGCCUUCGGAGAAAGGAGCAAGAAAGAGAACCCGGAAGAAGGUGAAGAACAAAGAGGAGCCAGACGAGGACAAGGCGAUCGUUCCGCCGGCUAUGAAACCCAUGGGAGCCAAGCGAGGUCGUCCUCAAAUCAGGACUACGCCCACCAGCGCAGCCAGACGCAAGACGCCAAGUAAUGAGGGGCGCACCAACGGAAAGGGCGUCCGGACGGAGCCCAGCAUGGCCAACGGAGACAAUGUGUCCCGCGGCCGGAGGACCAGGAGGGCGUCUGGUAUGUACGAUUCAGACCCCGCGUCCAACGAGGAUUCUGGGAACUCCUCGGUGGACAGCGAAUCGGAGGAGCCGCCGGACAAAAAGCCGUCUCCAUGGCAAGGGAGGCCCAUCAAUGCUGGCCAUCACGAGGGGGAGCAGGAGCCUGAGGUGAAGGAGGAGGAGAUGAGUGAGCCUCCCGUCACGCUGCCAUGUCCCAGCAUGCUUCAAGAAGAUCCCCCAAAAGUCGUGAGCCAACCUGAAGGGGUGGAGCAGCCACCACAGGAAGCCGUCCCACCGAAUGAACACAUGUCUGUGGCCCAGGAAGUUGUCUCCAAGGCUCCGUCGGCCACACAGGAAGUGCCUGUCCACUUGUCCCCUAAGCUUGAGAAGCCUCCGGAGGCAUCCCCUCCCCCACCGGAGGACGCGGAGGUGGAAGACGUCAAGAGUUGUCCCUUGUCGCCCCCGAGACUCAAAGUACACAGGGUCAAUGCUGACACGCCUCCUAGAAUCUCCCUGUGCACCUCCAGCCCUGCUCCUCUCUCCCCCACGAUGGCACAUACUCCGCCUCGCAGCAUCCUGAAGAGACCCGAUGAGCCCAUGGUGGUCCUGCACUGCCUCCCCACGCAGCACCUCCCCACAGAGCCUCCCGCCGCCGCAGACUCCGACACAGACUCUGCCAGCGAGGAGGAAGAAGAAGAGGAGGAAGACAAGAAGCUGGGUCCUGACAGAAAGCAGGAAGAGGUCACGCCUGCCUCCCCCAAAACUUCUGCAACCCCACCCAAGAUGACCACUGGAAUUACUCCCAAAUUCCUCCCUUCGCCGCUCCGCGGUAAUGAGGCAGGCAAAAGCGACCAAGUGGUGACGAAAGAGGAGGAGGAGGAUAGACAAGUCGGAACACCUCCGCGCUCUCCUCAUGCCCUCGUCCCCGCCCCCAGUGAGGAGCCACAGAUGGAUCCCGAGGCGCUGGUUUGUCACGAAGUGGACUUGGACGACCCGGAUGAGAAGGAAAAGCCCGCCCCUUCUUCGGAGACCCCCCUGCACCCCUUCCUCCAAGUUGCCGUCUCCAGCUCAGCCCACUCCUCCGAGGAGUUCCACACAGCCAACCACAGUCUUGAGCAGGAGGUGGCCCGUGUCGCCGGCAGAGAGGAGGAGGACGAAGAGGAUGAUGAUGAGGAGGAGGAUGAUGAUGAUGACGCACACUCGAGUCCCAAUUUUGACGGAUCACAGGAGACAAAAGGUCAGAAAAGGGUGACGGACAGUCAGUGUACAGUCAGCCCCUCGGCCAAGAAACAAAAACGAAACCACAAGCGAGUCAACACGCCCGCCAAGGUGGACAACAAGAACGGCACAGGCCACAGCAGCGACAGCGAGGACCAGUCCCGUCUUUCGUCUCUGUCCAAGCCCAACAAGUCUCCCACGCCGCACACCAAAGACACCAAACACAGCUCCGCAUCGCCGCAUCGCACGUAUAAGUGGACCUUCCAACUCGGCGAGCUGGAUAGCAUGACAAGCAGCGAGAGGAUCUCCUUCCUGCAGGAGAAGCUGCAGGAGCUCAGGAAGUACUACAUGAGCCUCAAGUCUGAGGUGGCGUCCAUCGACAGACGCAGGAAGAGGUUAAAAAAGAAGGAACGAGAAGUGUCGGUGUCCAACACAACAGCAUCCACCUCGUCAGGCUCCUCAGACACAGGAAUGAGCCCGUCGUCUGCCUCGCCCACUCAGAACACUGUGGCUGUGGAGUGCAGGUGAUGACACGCCCACCCAUCCUCGCUUGCUCGGCCAUGCCCCCCCCCCCCCUUCUCCCAGAGGAACCCCCACCCACCGCGGAGCCACAGUUGACAAAUGUGAUUUCAAACAUGGCCGGCCGAGGACCGUCGACCCCUCCCCCGGUAAGAACUGACUUCUGUUGAGACGUCCAGCUUCUACGAGCACUUCUCUCCUCCUGCUCUCCCCCAUCCAGUUGGGGUCAAAGGUCAGCUGCAGGAUCAGAGGAGCCCAAGCAGUGGUUUAUGCAAAUGAGUUAUCUGCUUCAACAGUCAUACAAAGUAAAAAAAAAAUAUUUUUUUUUACUUUUAUAUGGUAUUAGAGUUUCUAUUUUGGUUAAAAAAAAUGGUAAAGCAUUUUGUGUUGAACUACAAUUUGGCAGAUAAAAUGGUUCCUGACUUCAGCUGGCUUCUGUGCCACUCCACUUCCUGUUUCUGAACGCUCCUCAACUUUUUGUACAUAAGAUGUGAGCAGAACAACCUUGUAAAGAAUGAUUUAUAAUAUUUUUAAGAGAACACUUUGUACGCUGUUUGUUAGCUGCAAUGGUGUGGCGUGCACAUGCACUCCAGGCCGAGUAGCACCGGUUUCCAAUAAAGUUUUUAAAUUUGAA